AUGCAAAGAAGAGUUAAUAAUGCAUCCACAUUUGAGCAAUUACAAUCUGUUGACGAUUAUUUUCCAUUAUUUCUUGAACAAACUCUUCAACUUUAUGCUUUACGAAUGAAAGAUAAUGAAGAUCAAGUUGAUACUGUUGCUGAUCGUUUAUCCGAUCGUGAUAUUCUUGUCGAUUCAGUACAUAUAUUUCAAAAUUGUAAUAUAGCAUUACUUGGUGGUAAUAAUGAUGAAUGUGUAGCUGUAUCAAAUAUAUAUCCAUAUGGUCCAGGUAUGUUUAUUGAAAAAUUUUAUUUUUGA